UUCAAAUAAUUGCAUUAGAAGUCGUAAAACAAUACUUGAGCGAUUAAAAAAUUACGGAUUUGAAACAAACAUUGGCUAAAUUCAUUUAUCAAGUUCUUUACUUGCUUAUCAUAUAAAAAAAGACUAUCCUGAAAUAUAAAAAGUAUAUUUAAUGGGUGAAGAUGGAUUAAUAGAUGUAUUUAAAAAAAAAAUUAAUACAUUAAUAAAUUAAAAAGGAAUUUAAUCAAUAAAGAAUUCUAUUUUAAAUUCUAAAAUACAUGACGAUUUAAAAAUAAUAGACCAUGAAUAUUUUUAAGAAAUGAAAAUAGAUAAAGAUAUAAAUGCGAUAGUUUUGGGAUUUAAUUAUAAUUUUAAUUACUAUAAGAUGUGCUAUUGUAGUUUAUUGGUUUAUGAAAAUAAAGCUAAACUUUUUGUUACUGAAAAUACACUUGGUAUCAAAUUUAGUAAUGGACGAUUAAUGCCUUCUGUAGAUAGCUUAGCCCAAAGCCUACUUUUUUUGAAUCAAAAAGAAGAUAAAGAUAUAUUAAAUUAUGUAAACAUAGCUAUGCCUAAUAAUUAUGGAUUAAAUUUAUUCAUAAAUGAUUUUAAUUUAAAUCCUAAAUAAUGUAUAAUGAUAGGAGAUAAAAUAGAUACUGAUAUUUAAAUGACUGUGAACACAAAUAUUGAUUCUUUACUUGUUUUAACAGGAGAAAGUGAUCAAUAAGACUUUGAUAAAUUACAAAAUUUCGAAAGAAAUUAUUUGUAAAAUAAUAAAGUUUAUGUAAAAAUUAUUGACUUAUUCAAGCCUCUAAAAGUGUUCAACAGUAGGUUUAUCAAGAAUUUCUGA